CGGAGCAGCCGGAGCGGCGCGGGACCUGCCCGGCCGAGGGCCGCCAUGGCUUCGUCGAGGCCCAGGCUGCACUACCUCAACGGAAGAGGCCGCAUGGAGUCGGUGCGGUGGGCGCUGGCCGCCGCGGGCGUGGAGUUUGAUGAAGAAUUUCUGGAAACUCAAGAACAGCUAAAGAAGCUACAGGAAGAGGGCCACCUGAUGUUCCAGCAAGUGCCCAUGGUGGAGAUGGACGGCAUGAAGCUGGUGCAGACCCGCUGCAUCCUGCACUACAUCGCCGACAAGCACCACCUCUUCGGCAAGAACCUCAAGGAGAGAACCAUGAUCGACAUGUACGUGGAGGGGACCCUGGACCUGCUGGAGACGCUCAUCAUGCACCCGUUCUUAAAGCCGGCCGACCAGAAGAAGGACUUGGUGGCCAUGGCCCACAAGGCCAUCGCGCUCUACUUCCCCGUGUUCGAAAAGGUUUUAAGGUGCAGCGGUGAGAACUUUCUGGUUGGCAAUCAGCUGAGCCUUGCAGAUGUGAUUUUACUCCAAACCAUUUUGGCCAUGGAAGAGAGAAUUCCUACCGUCCUGAGUGCAUUUCCUUACCUCCAGGAUUACACGUCAAGAUUAAGUGAAAUCCCUACAAUUAAGAGGUUCCUUGAGCCUGGAAGCAAGAAGAAGCCCCCGCCCGACGAGCAAUAUGUGAAAACCGUCUACGAAGUCUUCUUGUCCUAGAGCAGCUCUGCUGUCCGUGAAUGGGUAGACAGUGCCCCCCCCCCCCCCCAGAGUAGCUGCCCAGCUCCGUUGCAGUGCUGUGUGUUAAAGGGGUUGUAACUUGAGUCUCUUGUGUCACGGUGGUUUUCUCUCCUAAAAUUAUUAUUUUUAUUAUUUUUUGUCCAGUGAAAACCUUUAGGGGAUACGUAUUGGUAAACCUUUUCCAGGGGGGCUGUGUUUGAGUUUGAUCUGCUCUGGUUACUCACUUCCUGUAGCCGGUUCACACUGAGGCUGUGCUGUGGUAGGACCUCUUCUCACUGAGCUCCUUCGUUCUCUCUUUAUAGUCUGCCUUUCCAUUUCUUCCUAAUGUUUAGUGUUUAAUAACAGUACAAUGUCUAGUGAGUGACUCUGCUUCGAACGAUAAUGGAGGAAAUGGUGGUCAUGAAUGCAGUCAGUAUUAACCCAAAUAAAGAGUUUACUAAUUAU